GUCCUCAAUGGGUUUAUUCUUCUCUAAAAGCGAUGCUUUGGACUUCACGGUACUACCUUCAGAUCAUAUUGAAGGACCCCUUGGAUUAGGUCACAGGAUACUCUUAUCCCAGCCCUCUGUAUGCAACACGUUCGCAAAAACUAUUGCGCAGAACCGUGGGCAGGUACUGCUCGAUAUUAACCGCACGAGCAUUAGGGCAGCGCUGGCUGAUUGCUCCGGAAAGUGGCACUGGGCCUCGUUGGCUUUAUGUAGGCGUCAGUUCGACACAGCCAUGAAUUGCAAUAAAAGAUAUCUCUCAGAUCCAGAUUUUCGAGAACAGAUGACAAAACGGUACUUGGAACUGCGGGCAAUAUAUCGCUCAACGGGCCUCGAACCCAAGUAUUAG